CAGAUCAGUUUUUAAAUCGCUAGCAACGGGAAAGGUUGGCACAGUGUUGACUUCGUGCGGGCGAACGAACUUAAAGAAAGUUAUUGUUGUUGGGAAUCGGUUGACCGGAGCGAGCGAACCUUCAUGCGACGUGCGAAGUGAUCGAAUUACAACGAAUAUAGAAUCUGCAGAAAAGGAUUACAGUGAAUCAUUUAAACAAACGAUUAAGCAGUGAUUGUGUGUGGGACAUCGAAAUUGUGAUAAAGAAUUGAACGAUCCGCAAAAAAGACGUCGUCUUGAAUAAUGAAAUUGAAGAGUAUUUGCGGAUAACAAAAAACAAGCAACCAGAAAAAGUGCCAUCGCUAGGAGUCAAUAGUUAUGCAGAAUUUCGAUUCAAUCAUGAACAGCGCGCUUCCACAGCCGCAGUUGCCGGCCGAGAAUUGGUACGAUAUGACCAUUAAAAGUGAGCCAUUGGAGAACGCAGGCAGUUACAACCAAAGCUUCCAGCAUCAAAGCCACCAUCACAAUCCGUCUCACCAGGACACCCCGAUGUCCCAUUCGAACCCAACGUCCCCCCAGAGCGUUGACAGUAUGGAUUCUAUGAGCAGCCGGAGUCAGUACUUUGAAUCGAAAGCCAGCAGUCACCCAGCAGUGAUGCACGGAGGAUAUAACCCACUUGGGUUCAAUCCCUUGACCCCGCCCGGAUACGCGGGAAUGUUCGUACCUCCACAGCAACAUCUUGCCAGACAAACCACACCUAAUCGCAACUUUGGCAAGCAAGAUACGGCGUUCGUUUCUUCCUCGUUGACCCCAACGCAUACGCCACCGAUGGACGUAACGCCCCCAAAGUCCCCCAAAGAGGUUGCCCAAACUCCGGAGAAGGGCGGAGAAGAACACAGCUCCGAUUGUGAGGAAUUCUUCGAUGGAAGCGAUGACGAGGAUGGAAUCCGCAAACCAAAGAUUAAUUCCCACGGGAAGGUGAAGAAAUUCAAGUGCAAACAGUGCGACUUUGUGGCAGUAACCAAACUCAGCUUCUGGGAACACACCCGGGGUCACAUUAAGCCGGAAAAAAUGCUCACCUGCACGCAGUGUCCCUUCGUUACCGAGUACAAGCAUCAUCUGGAGUACCACAUGCGGAACCACGACCGCUCGAAGCCAUUCCAAUGCCCUAAGUGCAGUUACAGCUGCGUGAACAAAUCCAUGCUGAACUCCCACAUGAAGUCCCACUCGAAUGUGUUUCAGUAUCGAUGCGCGGAUUGCAAUUACGCUACCAAAUACUGCCAUAGCCUGAAGUUGCACCUCCGGAAAUACCAACACAAACCGGACGUUGUGUUGAACGUGGAUGGCACUCCAAACCCCUACCCCAUAAUCGAUGUCUACGGAACCCGUCGGGGACCUAAAACGAAAUCGCAAAAACAUGCCGACCUGAAGACGGAAACACAACAGCAAGCACCGCAGUUCUCCGCAGCACCGCUAACGCCAGCGUCUCAUCAACCCGUGAUGAGCCAAGCCCCAUUCACACCUCCGAGCAGUCAAGCCGAUAACAUGCCCCGGAACAUCCUGCCGCUCAACCUUCUACGAAAUCCUUUGGCGCACAUGUUCAAAAAUGCCGCCUCAAACAAUCUCCCGCUGUUCCCCUACAUGAACCUGAACUUCCAGAUGUUUGCCGAUCAGCAAGCGGCCAUCGCGCAACUUUCCCCCAACUACCAUCAACCUUUCGCCGGCUUGUACCAGCAAGCCGACAAGCCUAUCGAUGAGGACGCAGAAAGUAGCUCGAAAUCAAACUCCUCGCCGUCAUCCUCUUCCUCAUUCACGGCACCGACCGCUGCCGCCGUCUCUGCCGCCACGACCACCCUUGGCGAGGAACUACUCAAACAAAUCACAGCCGCAGCAGCGGACAGCUCCGACCCCAAGCCGGAAUCGCACACGCCAUCGUGUGAUGCCGAGAUGGAGUCGUCCCCAACUGACUACUCGCGGGAGCAGACGACCGUCGCAAAACCUCCGACCUCCGAAAUCCACAGUCCUUCAGUGAAGACUACCUCCAUGGUGAGCAAAAAUCGCCGCAAAGGUCGUGCCUUCAAGCUGGAACGGAUGAAUGGUUACGCGCAGACGACGCCGAUGGAGCAUUCGGACACGGAACACUCGGAAGGGGAACCGUCGCCGGUUACCAAGCGGCAGGAUCAGCAACCGCAGCAGCAGCAGCAGCAGAAACUGCCAACCGAGUCGAAGGAAACGACAACGACCAUGGUUAGCAGCGGGGUACAGACGAACCCGUCGAGGCUGUUCCGCUGCAAGUACUGCGGGAUCAGCUUCGAGAACGAUGCGAUGUACGCUAUCCACAUGGGAUACCACGGGUACGACGAUGUGUACAAGUGCAACAUGUGCGGCGAGAAGUGCAACGAUCAGCUAGGGUUCUUCCUGCAUAUCGCCCAGAAGGCGCACUGAAUCACAGGGGUUAGACGUGUUAGGGAAAAAAAAGUUUAAUUGUACAGUUUUUUGGGUUCAACGUGUAGUAACUAGUCUUUGUUGAACGUAUAAGUUUAAAGCAAGUAUUCCAGAAGCAGGAGACUGAUUAGCGUUAGAGCUUCCCAUCGAGCAGAAAAUCAAAACAAAUGUAACGAAAACUGAACAAAUAACUAGGAUAGUGUAAGUAUUAGGAUAGUGAGAAAAAAAAGAGUAUAUUAUUAUACUACAAUUGUACAGCCUUUAACAGAGGAAUAUUAAAUCAAAGAAUAGCGGUUAAGAUAUAGUGAUAUAGAAGCAUUAUCCGACUAGUUGAGCAUAUAUAAAUAAGAAAGUAAGAAACUGUUGUAAUUUUUCACGUUAUGAGUAAACACUAGCUGACAAUAUUUAUCGAGCCGAAAUAAAUUAUUAAACUUUGAAAGGUAA